AUGGAGGCAAUCAAAACUGAGCUCAUCAUGUCGUCAACUACCGAGGAAAUGAUUACGACCUCUUCCGCUACAGGCGAUCAGAAAUGUAGCGUGUGCCUCAAAAAUGGCCAGUGCCUAAAGCCAUCGGAAAUUAAGACGAAGGGAAAACACAUUACAGACGUAAUCAGCCAGCAUCUUGGGAUAAAAUUAGCGGAAUUUGAGCUGACAACAAUUUGCCAGCGAUGCUGGAAACUGCUGGCGGAGUUUGACGAAUUCUACGAUAUGGUGAAUGAAGCGCACCGAGUUUUAUUGGAAACAAAUAUUGCAAACGUUGGUGAGGAAAACAUUUGUGCGAUGGAGUUUGUAGCCAUUAAACAAGAGCCAUUGGACGAUGAACAUCUCGAGAGCAAAGACCUAGAGUUAACACUGAAGAACGAAAUAAUGGCCAGUAUAUCUCCACACAUAGCAAUAGAAACAACCGCAAACAAUGAAGAAGACAUUAAAGUUAAAAAAAGCUCCAAACCAACAACAUCCAACAAAGGCAGAAAAAAGAAAUACCUAAGCAAGACCGGUCGCACUAGUAAAACAAAGGUAGAUGAGGAGCUUCUUAGCUUUUACAAACGCUUGGUGUGCGAAAUUUGUGAUCCAGUAAAGAUGGCCAGCGGAGAGCCAUUGAUCGAGUACGUUAACUUAAAGGAAUUAAAUCGCCAUAUGCGAAGAGCUCACGGCCAAGGUGAGGCGAUUAUCAAGUGUCCGAUAUGUGAAAAAAAGUUUAGGUCACGCGUGAAACUGGUGGAACACAAAGAGAUGCAUCUGAAUCCUGAUCGGUUCCGGUGUGGGGUGUGUGCCGAAGUGCAUCAGAAUAUAAAGGAACACAUACAAAACAAGCACAAGGAGCGCACAUUCUGUUGUGAGGAAUGCGGCAAACGCUUCCCUUUCCAAGCGCGAUUGAAAGCACAUAUUCGUAAAAUGCACACCGCAAAGGACGUGCCAUGCGAUCAGUGUGAUAAGUCGUUCAGCAAAUACACAAUCGAAGAUCAUAAGCGCGCAGUACAUGGUGCCGGCUUCAUUUGUGAGCACUGUCCGAGAACAUUUAAAAGCCGCUUUCAGUUGGAUAAUCAUAUGGAAGAGCAUAGCGUCGGCCUGCGACCGACGAAGGUUACCUGCAACUUGUGCGGCAUCGUGGUACGAAAUAAGUACAACUUAACGACGCACAUGAAACGAAUGCACAUGGAGCAGGCGCCAGUGAGCUGUGGGUCUUGCGGAAAAGAAUUCAAAUCAAAGCGCAAUCUAUAUGCGCACCUCACGAACGUUUGUACCGAUCGCAGCUUUCCGUGCACGAUCUGUGGAAAGCCGUUCAAGAAGAAGAUUAAACUUAAGGAACACAUGACGACACACACGAGAAGCCCGCUUUACCAGUGUCCGUACUGUCCCAAAACGUUCGGCUUCGACACUACUCUCUACACGCACCGCAAGCGGGUUCACCAUGAGCAGUGGCUCGAAGAACAACGGAAGCGCAAAGCAGGAAUACGAAUGAGUUCAAAUCGUGUUCCAAACUAAUUAAAACGUUGGUUUACAGUAUUUCAUACGUG